AUGAAUACGGAAUACUCCCUGCACCAGCUCUCCUUCUUCGGCGCGGUCCUUGUUGGCGGCUACCUGACAGUGCGCGUCAUGAUUCCGCCAAACCGCACGCCGGCGGACCGGGCGUGGCGCAACGACUCGCUGUGGUUCGCGAGCAGCACCGCCUUUAUCAACCUGGCGAUUGCGUCAGCCUCGGCGCUCGUGCUGUACCACGACGCGCUGACGGUCGCGGGCCCGGCCGCGACGGCGCGCAUCUGCCCUGCGCCGCCGGGCCAGCGCAACGCGGCGCUCUUCACAUGGAGCCCGACGACGGCGGCGGCGCUGCUCGGCAUCCUCGUCGGCGCGCCGCUGCGCAUGGGCGCCUUUAGCGGUCUCGGGGCCAACUUUACCUUUGGGCUGGCCAGGCCGCGCGGGCUCGUGACGACGGGCAUCUACGCGCACGUGCAGCACCCGAGCUACACGGGCAUGUGGCUGGUGGCGGUGGCGGCCUUUGUGCUGUUUUGCCGGCUCGACGGCGUCGUGGCAUGCUUCGUCCCGCCGGAGAGCUGGCCGCUCGUGCAGGGCUGGAGCGCGACCGUGUACGCGGGCGCUGGCUUGCUGCUGAUGCAGCAGAUGACGACGAGGGUGCGCCAGGAGGAGGCGAUGCUGAGGGAGCUGUUUGGCAAGGAGUGGGAGGAGUGGCACGCGAGGACGAAGAGAUUUGUUCCGGGGCUGUUUUGA